AUGCGUUUUGACUUGAUCCUGUGUCUUCCCUUAGCAAGCUCAGUCAUCGCAGGGAUCGUUGCUGAUGAACAAAAACGGCAAUAUCCACCGCCAUGGCAGCAUUCGCAACAAGAGACACAAACCAUUCCACCUGGCUACUCACAGACUUCGUCGCCAAGUGUACCGCAGUACAACCCUCAUAACUCCGCAGACUGGACUCAAACCGUCCCGCCGGGCUAUUCGCGGAGCUCAUCGCAAGCUAUUCCGCAAGACACGCCCAAGAACGACCCAUUUCCAAGCUACCCCAAUGUGACCGGCGACGCCUACACCCCUUACUCCGUCCAAACGCCUCCGCUAGAUACGCCUUGGACGUAUAGUCUCGGGACCAAUCCCUGGCCAGAGUAUCCAAGACCACAACUUCAACGGUCGAACUGGCAGAACCUGAACGGCAUCUGGCGGUACCGGAACGCCACGAAUGGAUAUGAAGCACCUCCGUUCGGCAUCCAAGGCAACUUUACCAUUUUCUCUUGGCUCCAGACGACUUUCACUGUGCCCAGCAACUGGGCUAAUCAGCGAGUACUCCUGAAUUUCGGAGCCGUCGACUACGAAGCCACUGUCUACGUGAACGGACAGCAAGUUGGAUCCAAUCGAGGUGGGUACUUCCGUUUCACAAUCGAUGUGACAGACUACGUGUCUCUGAGCAACGGCACCAAUGAGCUGCUCGUGUUCGUAUAUGACCCGACCGAUACAGAUGAUGUGAACAUUCCUGUGGGUAAGCAAACCUUACGGCCGUCACACAUCUUCUACACGCCAUGCAGCGGCAUCUGGCAGAGCGUCUGGAUCGAAGCGGCGCCACAGUCAGACUACAUCACCCAACUAGAUCUGAGCGGUGAUAUGGACGGUCAAGUGACGGCCACGGUACAUACCGCAUCCCAAGGCCAAGAAGCAGUGGAAAUCACUGUAUACGAGAAGAACUCGAGCACAUCCGUUGCUAGCUUCGAAGGUACCACCAACACACAAAUCCAGUUUUCUGUGCAAGAUGCCGACCUCUGGUCUCCCGACUCGCCCACCCUCUACGACGUUACCGUUACCCUGAGCGGUGGUGACAGCAUCACCUCCUACAUGGGCUUCCGCACCAUUUCCUCCGGCUACGUGAACGGCAUCAUGCGACCACUCCUCAACGGCGAGUUCGUCUUCCCCUUCGGCACACUCGACCAAGGUUUCUGGCCGGACGGCAUCUACACGCCGCCUAAUCGCGAAGCCAUGGUAUUCGACCUGCAGACCCUGAAGGGCCUCGGCUUCAACAUGCUCCGCAAGCACAUCAAAGUCGAGAACGCACUCUUCUACCAAGCCUGCGACGAGAUGGGCGUCAUGCUCAUCCAGGACAUGCCCAGCCUCCGCGCGCUGCAGAGCUACUACCUGCCAAACUGCACCGAGGUGACAUACCUCCCCAACGAAGCCGAGCAGGCCGAGUUUGUGCGGCAGCUGCAAUUGCUCGUGGAGCAGCACAAGAGCUACCCCAGCAUCUUCGCAUGGGUCAUCUACAACGAAGGCUGGGGCCAGCUCGAAGAAGGUUACCCGGAAUUCGCGCUAACCGACCUCGUCCGCUCCCUGGAUCCCACGCGCCUCAUCAGCAGCACGUCCGGCUGGAACGACCACGGCGCCGGCGACUUCUCCGACAACCACCACUACGCCAAUCCGCAAUGCGGGACACCUUUCUACUCCACGCCCUCCAGCCCCCACGACCCCUCCCGCAUCGCCCUACAAGGCGAAUUCGGCGGCGUCGGCCACAACACCACGCUCGACCACCUCUGGAAAGUCGCCGACGCAUUCAACGCCAUCAACGAGACCUACGAGAUCGACGAGACGCUCCAGGCCUGGAAUUAUCGGGCGCACCGCCUGCUCGACGAGCUGCGCGAGCAGGUCGAGUUGUUUGAGUGCAGUGGGGGCGUGUGGACGCAGACGACGGAUGUCGAGGGCGAGGUUAAUGGGUUGUUGACGUAUGAUCGAAGGGUGCUGAGGACGGAGCGCGAGCAGUGGCGGAGGGACAUUGGGGCGUUGUAUGAGGCGGCGAGGGGGAGGGGGAAUGGGAAUGGGACCAUGGGGAUGCUUUGA